AGCGUCGGGGUCUCAGGCCGCAGCCUGCGCCAUGUCUGCGCCCAGUCGGGGCACGGAGCUCGACCUAAGCUGGAUUGCCAAAGUACAAGUGAAUCAACCAGCAGUUCUGAGGCGGGCGGGACAAAUCCAGGCUCGCAGAACUGUAAAAAAGGAGUGGGAGGUUGCUUGGCUCCUGAAAGCGGUUACCUUUAUAGAUCUUACUACACUUUCUGGCGAUGACACAUUUUCCAAUGUUCAAAGGCUUUGUUAUAAAGCCAAGUAUCCAAUCCGGGAAGAUCUCUUAAAAGCUUUAGAUAUGCAUGAUAAAGGCAUUACUACGGCUGCCGUUUGUGUUUAUCCUGCCCGAGUUUGUGAUGCUGUCAAAGCGCUCAAGGCUGCAGGCUGUAACAUCCCAGUGGCCUCAGUGGCCACUGGCUUCCCAGCUGGACAGACGCAUUUACAACCAAGAUUAGAAGAGAUCAGAUUAGCUGUUGAAGAUGGAGCUACAGAAAUUGAUGUGGUAAUUAACAGGACCCUGGUGCUGACGGGCCAAUGGAAAGCCCUUUACGAUGAGAUUCGGCAGUUUCGGAAGGCCUGUGGAGAGGCUCAUCUCAAAACCAUCUUGGCAACAGGAGAACUUGGAUCUCUUACUAAUAUCUACAAAGCCAGCAUGAUAGCAAUGAUGGCAGGAUCAGAUUUUAUUAAGACCUCUACAGGAAAAGAAGCAGUAAAUGCCACCUUUCCAGUAGCUAUAGUAAUGCUACGGGCCAUUAGAGAUUUCUUCUGGAAAACUGGAAACAAGAUUGGGUUUAAACCAGCUGGAGGCAUCCGCAGUGCCAAGGAUGCCCUUGUAUGGCUCUCUCUUAUAAAGGAGGAGCUAGGAGAUGAAUGGCUGAAGCCAGAACUCUUUCGAAUAGGGGCCAGCACACUGCUUUUAGACAUUGAGAAGCAGAUUUUCCAUCAUGGGACGGGAAGACACGCAACUUACCAUGAACUUCCAAUGUCUUAAACCAGCAUGACCAAUUAUGGAGACAUUCUUCCGACAAUAUUUUAAAAUCCCCGCGCCCCCCACCUCCCCGCAUAAUUACUUAUAAUUACUUAACUGCUUUAAUUUUAAAAAUCAAGAAAUUGGUAAAUGAGUUUUCACCCCUGAAACUUGUCAUUGGAAUUAACUCAAAGACUGAAAGAGAGGGAAAAAAGCCCAAAAGGUGACUCCAAAUGUGGGGUUCAUUUCCACAGAUCCGAUCUUACUUACUGACACAUCUACACUGCUGAGUGCGCAGUCACAACAGCUUGGAGGAGCAGCAGUUGUUCAGCUGUGCCCAAGCCCACUCUGGGUUUAGAACAACAACAACAAAAGCAGCAUCCCUGAAUGACCUCUGCACUCUAAUGUCUUCAGUUACUGAUUGAGUACUAGUUUUCUCUGAUGAAAAUCUCUUUACGUUUUGCUGUCGAUAUUCUCUUUCUACUAAAGUUUUUUUGCUGAUGAAAUUUUUGUUAUUAUUAUAUAAAACCUUGAAUGUCAUUGAAAUUUUUAUUUUAAAUGAAAAGUUUCUUCACUUGUUUAAACAAAUGAAAAAAAACCCUUUUAACUGGGACUAAUAAAUGUUGGAAAUGUAACCCAUUAAACAUACUAAGAGACUUUGCCAUUGA